GGCGUGGCCGGCGCGCGCGGGAGGGAGGGCGAGGGAGCGGGGCUGGCCCGCCCGAGAGCCGGUCGGGCUACGAGCGCGGCGGCAGCGCGUCCCAGCUCGGUCCCGGUGCCACCCUCCAGUCCGCCGCGCUCCAGCCUGGGGUCUUGGGGUGGGAAGCGCGGCGAAGGAAAGCGGGCGCGGGGAGCAGAGCGGAGGGGUCGAGGCGCGCUGCGCUGCCGCCCGGUCCUCGCCGGGUGCUGCGGGCCCCGGGCGCGCGGGGCUCCGCGGCGCGCGCACUAUGCGGGCGGAUUGCCGGCCGCCGCGAUGGCGAGCCGGGCGCCGCUGAGAGCCGCGCGCAGCCCGCAGGGACCCCGAGGCCGGGCCGCGCCCGCCGCCACCGGCCGGGCCGCGCUGCCCAGCGCCGGCUGCUGUCCCCUCCCUCCUGGCCACAACUCCUCCUCCAGGCCUCGGCUGCUCCUUUUGCUGCUCCUACUGCUCCAGGACGCUGGAGCCCAGCAAGGUGAUGGCUGUGGACACACUGUACUAGGCCCUGAGAGUGGAACCCUUACAUCCAUCAACUACCCGAAUACCUAUCCUAACAGCACUGUGUGUAAAUGGGAGAUUCGGGUAAAGACAGGAGAACGAAUUCGCAUCAAAUUCGGCGACUUUGACAUUGAAGAUUCUGAUUAUUGUCACCUUAAUUACCUGAAAAUCUAUAAUGGAAUUGGAGUCAGCAGAACGGAAAUAGGCAAAUACUGUGGUCUGGGGUUACAUAUGAAUCAGUCAAUUGAGUCCAAAGGCAGUGAAAUCACAGUGCUGUUCAUGAGUGGAAUCCACGCUUCUGGGCGAGGGUUUCUGGCUUCAUACGCAGUUAUAGACAAACAAGAUUUAAUCACUUGUUUGGAUACUGUAUCUAAUUUUUUGGAACCCGAGUUCAGUAAGUACUGCCCAGCUGGCUGUCUGCUGCCUUUUGCUGAAAUAUCUGGAACAAUUCCUCAUGGAUAUAGAGACUCUUCACCAUUGUGUAUGGCUGGAAUCCAUGCAGGAGUAGUGUCGAACGUGGUGGGUGGCCAGAUCAGCGUUGUGAUCAGUAAAGGCACACCGUAUUAUGAAAGUUCUUUGGCCAACAACGUCACUUCCAUGGUGGGCUACUUAUCUGCAAGUCUGUUUACAUUUAAGACAAGUGGUUGUUAUGGGACUCUGGGGAUGGAGUCUGGUGUGAUUGCCGAUCCCCAGAUAACAGCGUCAUCUGUAUUAGAGUGGACUGACCACACGGGGCAGGAGAACAGCUGGAAGCCGGAGAAGGCCAGGCUGAGGAGACCUGGGCCUCCCUGGGCUGCCUUUGCCGCUGAUGAGCAUCAGUGGCUGCAGAUAGACCUUAAUAAGGAGAAGAAGAUAACAGGUAUUGUAACCACUGGGUCUACUAUGGUAGAACACAAUUACUAUGUGUCUGCCUACAGAGUUCUGUACAGUGACGAUGGGCAAAAAUGGACUGUGUACAGAGAACCCGGUGUGGAUCAGGACAAGAUAUUUCAAGGAAACAAAGAUUAUCACAAGGAUGUUCGUAAUAACUUUUUGCCACCAAUUAUUGCACGUUUCAUUAGAGUGAACCCUGUCCAGUGGCAACAGAAAAUUGCCAUGAAAGUGGAACUGCUUGGAUGUCAGUUUACUCUCAAAGGUCGCCUUCCAAAGUUUACUCCACCUCCACCUCGGAACAGCAAUAACCUCAAAAACACUACAGCGCAGCCCAGGCUUGGUAAAGGUCGUGCCCCUAAAUUUACUCAAGCACUCCAACCGCGAAGUAGGAAUCAACUCCCUCUACAGCCUGCACAGACAACUACCACUCCUGAUAUAAAAAAUACGACUGUAACUCCCAGUGUGACCAAAGAUGUCGCACUGGCUGCUGUUCUGGUUCCUGUGCUGGUCAUGGCCCUCACCACACUCGUCCUCAUUUUAGUAUGUGCUUGGCAUUGGAGAAACAGAAAGAAAAAAACUGAAGGCACCUAUGAUUUACCACACUGGGAUCGGGCAGGUUGGUGGAAAGGAGUGAAGCAGCUUCUCCCUGCCAAGUCGGUGGAGCAUGAGGAGACGCCGGUGCGCUACAGCAAUAGUGAAGUUAGUCACCUGAGUCCAAGGGAAGUCACCACAGUGCUGCAAGCUGAUUCUGCAGAAUAUGCACAGCCCCUUGUGGGAGGAAUUGUUGGCACACUCCAUCAGAGAUCUACCUUUAAACCUGAAGAAGGAAAAGAAGCAGGCUACGCAGAUCUGGAUCCUUACAACUCUCCAGUGCAGGAAGUGUACCAUGCCUAUGCUGAACCACUGCCCAUAACGGGGCCUGAGUAUGCAACCCCAAUCGUCAUGGACAUGUCAGGGCACCCCACAGCCUCACUUGGUCUGCCCUCCACAUCCACGUUCAGAACUGCAGGGAACCAACCUCCCGCUUUAGUGGGAACUUACAACACUCUUCUCUCCAGGACUGACAGCUGUUCCUCGGGCCAGGCUCAGUACGACACCCCAAAAGGUGGGAAGCCAACAGCUACCCCAGAGGAACUGGUGUAUCAGGUGCCACAGAGCACACAGGAAGUAUCAGGAGCAGGAAGGGAUGAGAAAUUUGAUUCUUUUAAAGAAAUCCUUUGACGGUGGUGCUGCUUUUUACAAAGCAUCCAUUUAAAGCACAUGGCUUUUUGAUUCUUAGUGGUAGUAAUAGUAGAAUGUAUUACGUAUCUGUCACUGAAGUGGUUAGGGGAAUGUGGUGACCGAGGUACAAGAAACUACUUGCCUUGCCAUCUUGCUUUAAAGGUGUUACUGUGUGGCACAGUUACUGCUUGCCUGUUACAUUUCAAACAUCCUGUUUGUUACUACUGUAAAACACUAUUUUUAAUACAGAAAACGCUUCCUGUAAUGCACUUCAGAGAAACUGAAAAUCACUGAGUAUUUAUUACCAAUGCUGCAGGUACAUUAAUGAACUUGAGAUGGUUCUGUAAGCCUUGCUGGCAAUGAUGCAUGGUACUGUUCUUGAAAUAUCGAAUGGCUUGAAAUUCUCUCUUUGUAAAGGUGGGUACUAUCAUGCUUUCCUUCUCCUUCAAUCCUGUAUUACUGUCUGCAUUCUUUCUUUUCCCUCACAACCAUCAGUGAUGGAUAAGCCUUGUUCUAGCUGUGAAUUGUAUACUUCUCUGUAUCUCCCUAGGAAGAUAUGCAGUUAGAACAGCCUGCCUUGCAGUGAGCUGGGUGUCUGACUUCUUGUUUGCUGACACUCUUAACAGUAUUAACACCUCCUGGUAUAGGAUGUGGUCUCACCUCUGCUCAUCCUACCCUGGAUCCUUUGUGGUCUCGCUCCAACCUGUGUUCAUAAAUGCUGGUGGCCUUCUUUUCAGUAAGCAGUCACAGGAAGCCAGUCCUUCCUGUCUUUAAGUAUACUUCUCCACAUGGAAAUGGGAGAGAAGCAACUUACAAUUUAGAAAAGCUAUAAAGGGAAUCUUCUGCAUCACUAAAGUAAUAUGUAAAUUACCUUAGGGAAGAAAUUAAGAGGAAAGUAAAAUUUCACCUUCUUUGCUUUAUUUACAGACAAGCCCAAAAAUUUGCAAAUUUUCUGUGUAUUCCAAGGUAUUUUACAAUUUUACUCAGAUAUUUUUUAAAAUUUCAACUCUCUUCAAGUAAACCAUUGUAAGAUAAAGAAAACCAACAUGAGCCAGGUCUGAUGGUUUAAGCCUGCAAUCCCAAGUAGCUAGGAGGCUGAUACAAGAGGACCCCAAGGUCAGUGCUGUAUGGUCUACACUGAUACAAGGGGACACCAAGGUCAGUGCUGUAUGGUCUACACUGAUACAAGGGGACCCCAAGGUCAGUGCUGUAUGGUCUACACUGAUACAAGGGGACCCCAAGGUCAGUGCUGUAUGGUCUACACUGAUACAAGGGGACACCAAGGUCAGUGCUGUAUGGUCUACACUGAUACAAGGGGACCCCAAGGUCAGUGCUGUAUGGUCUACACUGAUACAAGGGGACCCCAAGGUCAGUGCUGUAUGGUCUACACUGAUACAAGGGGACACCAAGGUCAGUGCUGUAUGGUCUACACUGAUACAAGGGGACACCAAGGUCAGUGCUGUAUGGUCUACACUGAUACAAGGGGACACCAAGGUCAGUGCUGUAUGGUCUACACUGAUACAAGGGGACACCAAGGUCAGUGCUGUAUGGUCUACAGAGUGACUUCAGGAUCAGCCUAGGCCACUUGUAAAAUAAGGGGUAGGGCUCUGUGUCGGUUUAGUGCUCGAGUACAUCAUGUGAGGCCAUCAGUUCAAUCCCCUCUACUGAAAAAAAAAAAAAAAGCAACAUGCUUUCUCCAGGUCUGUGUGAUUCUGCCUUCUGUCUGGGAUGAGGCAUAAGUGGUCCUUUGUGUCAGACCUGGCUGACAGAGAUGCUAUAGCAUCGGAAUUGUGUGUAAUCCUUCCCAGCAACGUACUUGUCAGUGCCUGAGCAUGACUUGCGCUGCACUCACAUUUUAGGUAGGGUAAAUUAGACAUUGUAGUGGAUUAGCCUGUAGGCUGGGAAUGUAACUGAGGCAGCACAUCAGCUGAAAACAUAAACUAUCCCUCGCCACAAACCUCUUUGUAGAUUUAGAGUACACUCGGCUGCCAGGUCCUAGAUGGUUUCUCAGCUUGUACCAUCCAGGUUACAGAAUUGCCAAACUUCACCAGAUUUGGAUAGUGGUAAACAGUAUUGACUUUGCUUCCUUCUGCAAGUACAUCAGUGUUUUUAAAACAUUGUUCAGAACUGUUUGAACAGGCUCCCUGCCUUCUCCUCGGAUGACUUCUGUUGCUUUUAUUGUAAUUUGCCUUUUGUCUUGCAGAGUUUGAGACACAGUCUCACUCCUUGUUGAAAAAUCAGUGCACAUUUUGUUUCAAAGGACUGAAGCAACACAGAUGCCGACCUUACAUUAAAACAUUUAAGACCUAAGACUGUGUAGAGCACAUGAUGCAGUUGUCCCCUUUCAGGUGGGAGCAAAGCAAACCAUUUGCUGUUUCAUUUUUAUUCAUGCUUACUGGGCAGAGCAUAGACUUUUCUUUGAGUUACAUACCUGUUGGAAGCUUUAAGAGACGUUUUGAAGAUGAAGAUGUUUUCCCAAAGAAGCCUAUUUUGUAUAACUGUGUGUCCCAGGACUGUUUAAGAACAAAGGCCAUGUCUGUGGCUAUGAUGCACAUUGCGAGACUUGGUUCCUAUGGCCACUGUUCUUGAACGCUACCAAUGGUUUUCAUAAAAUACCUAGUCAUUAUUAUGUUUUCCUUUUGCAGAUAAAGAGCUGAGCCUGAUUCAAAUGAUUUUUUUUUUCCGGUUUUGUACUUUUUCUUUUAGUUUUUGUAUUAUAGAUUAUCUGAAGUUCUCAGUCACUCACAUGUCUGGUAAAUCUUUGGAAGACAAUCAAGUAAAAUGUGAAAGUAACCAUUGUUGACCAAACCCCUUGGCUAUUUUGUUUUGCUUUAAUUCUUUUCUUGAGAUAUUCAAUACUUAAGUCACUGUGGCUUAUUGGGUUUUUUGUUUCCUGAUAAUAUGAUUGAUUAUAGAAACAUAAGAGACAGCAGUGUGGCAAGUGCAGCCUUUGGCGGUUUCAGAAAAUGACACAACAUGGCUGUCACUUGAUCCUUGGAACCAGCACAGAUAGUGUGAAUUCUGGUUCGCAUUUUAUGAAAUGCUGUUUGUAGAUCACAGUAGUCCUUGUUGAGAGUAACGGGGCUAGUCCAGUUAUUUAACUCAUGCUUCACUGUUUGCACUUUCCAUUGAACAAUGGCCUCAUAUGCUGUUCACACAGAGAAUUUAUACAGUCAUGAUAGUUAUCAUGUGUUCUGGGUGUGUCUCCUCUCCCUGCCCCAGGGAUGGAGCAUUAAAAGUUGUAGCCAGAAAGCUGUGGCAAGGAAUUGAGUCAGAGCCUCCAUGCCUUGGCUCCACAUUGUCACCUGGAGAGCAGCAGAGGGGAAAGCAAGACAGAAAAGACCACUAGAAAGAACCCAGAGAUUACAGGGCCGGGCAGGAUGGGGGAGGGGGAGAGCACUGGGAGGCUCCACAUCCUCCAUAGAGCACUGACAGGGCCCUGUGUGAAAAGGAGUUGUUAAUUCUGCCUUUUGGGUUGAACUUGAAAGUCCUCGAACUGCAAAAAUCUAGGGAGUUGGGUGGUUAUAGGGUAUUUAGGUUAACUGUGGCACCAAUCUCAAUUAGAUCAAUUUGUGUGUAGUUUCUCUCAUUUUCCAUUUUUGGCACUGGGAAUGAUGAAAAUGUGUUGAAAUACAGAAGAAGUGGAAAUGGCUCAAGUGUUGCUGAUACUUUCCAGAAUGUAUUUUUCUUACCUCGGCAUGUACUGUAGUCACUUGAUAUUUGUAUAUGUUGCUAGAAUUUAGGCUGUUGAAAAUAGUGAGAUUUUAAUGUGUUUUUAAAUAAAUUAUAUAUGUGUGUCUCGCUCA